AUGUACAUACUUGUUGCAUUAAGUACAGUAUCUGAAUGGUCAGAAUCUGAAUCUGCAACCAAAGCCAAAAUGUUGAUAAGUGCUUUAGAGAAUUGUGAAUUUAUUUUAACUCUGUUUACUCUAACAAAUAUACUGAGUAUUACAUUACCUAUUAGCAAAUGUCUUCAGGGGAAAGAAAGGGAUUUUAUUAGUGCAACAGAUAGUAUUCAACUGGUUUUGGAUAACUUAACCGAUAAACGCACAAAUUGUAGUCAGUAUUUUAAUAAAAUCUAUAAGGAAGCUUCAGAACUAAUGAAAAAACAUGAUGUUGUUACAAAACAUCCACGAAUAUCUAAACGACAAACUCAAAGGCCAAAUCCCCCUAGUAACUCACCAGAAGAAUAUUAUAUGAGGUCCUUGUACAUUCCAUUACUUGAUAAUAUCAUUGAAGAUAUAAAAGAACGGUUUAAGAAUAAUAAAAAUAAAAUAUUUUUGACUUUAAUGGGAAUUGUUCCAUGUUAUUUAAAAGAUUUUACUCCAACCAAAAUAGAAUCAUUAACUGAAGAUAUAUUAGAAAAAUUUGGAUUCUUGAACAUACAAAAAGAAGUUCUUAGAGCUGAGUUAGAGUUAUGGAAGUCCAAAUGGGUUUUUGAAAGCGAUGUAAAUAAUGAAUCAAAAAUAAAUGUACCUAAUAAUGCUAUUGACUCUAUUGUCAAUUGUCCAUAUGUACUUUUUCCAAAUAUUAAGCAAAUUUUGACUUUAAUUGCUACUUUACCAAUAAGCGUGGCAUCAGCUGAACGCAGUUUCUCUACAUUAAGGAGGCUUAAGACUUGGUUAAGGACAAAGAUGUCUCAAGAUAGACUUUGUGGCUUAGCAUUAUUGCAUAUUCAUCGAGAAUUAUAG